UAAAUAGGGAAUGCGGCAUCUAGGUAUUUAUAUCUAUGGUUACAUCGACCACAAAAGCCUUGGGAUGAUCUAGUGAAAAGAGGAAAUAGGCCCGCCAUUUUCCUGCGAGCCUCCAGUCCUUUUAAAAGCCAACGAGGGGAGGCGAGGAGGAGAGAAGAGGAGGAGAGGAAAAGGGGGAAGUUAUAAGGAGACAGACAGACGGUGCAUGAGCAGUGGUUGUAUAGAGGUCGGUUUUGUAAUAGAAGAGGAAACCUUUUGUAUGUAGUUAAUCUCUUUUAACUUGCAGUGGACGUACAGAACUGUACAUUUAAAGCGGUUAAAGCUAGAAACAGCUACCAAAAAGCAGCUUUAGCCAGUUAGCUCGCUACAAUUCUUUCCUCAACCGUCAUUCUAUUCUACUUUCCUCCACUCGUUCUUUUAUUAGUGAGUUAAAGGAAGAGUGAACACAUCGAGGGACACGAACAUCACGGUUGGAUAAAACACUAAAAAAAAAAAAAAAAAAAAAAGUCUGCGUUUGGGGUGUUUUUUCUUUUUUUUUUUUUUGUACAUCUGCUAAAAUGUCUGGCCAAAGCAUAACGGACAGGAUAACCGCAGCUCAGCACAGUGUCACCGGCUCAGCAGUGUCCAAAACGGUGUGCAAAGCGACCACACAUGAAAUCAUGGGGCCCAAAAAGAAACAUUUGGACUAUCUGAUUCAGUGCACAAACGAGAUGAAUGUGAACAUCCCUCAACUGGCGGACACGCUGUUCGAACGGACCACCAGCACCAGCUGGGUGGUCGUGUUCAAAUCUCUCAUCACCACACACCAAAUUAUGGUCUACGGCAAUGAGAGAUUUAUUCAGUACCUGGCUUCCAGGAACACAUUAUUCAACCUCAGUAAUUUUUUGGACAAAAGUGGCUUACAAGGCUAUGAUAUGUCUACAUUUAUCCGGCGGUAUAGCCGUUACCUUAACGAAAAGGCUGUGUCUUACAGACAGGUUGCUUUUGACUUUACUAAAGUAAAGAGGGGGGCAGAUGGUAUUAUGAGAACCAUGAACACAGAGAAGCUGCUGAAGACCCUCCCAAUUGUCCAGAAUCAGAUGGACUCACUUCUCGACUUUAACGUAAAUGCGAAUGAACUCACAAAUGGAGUCAUUAAUGCCGCCUUCAUGCUCUUGUUUAAAGAUGCCAUCCGGCUAUUUGCUGCUUACAACGAAGGGAUCAUCAACCUGCUCGAGAAGUACUUUGAUAUGAAGAAAGCCCAGUGUAAAGAAGGACUUGACAUCUACAAGAAAUUCCUCACCCGUAUGACAAGAAUCUCAGAGUUCCUCAAAGUUGCUGAGCAAGUGGGCAUUGACCGAGGUGAUAUACCAGACCUGUCUCAGGCCCCCAGUAGUCUCCUGGAUGCACUGGAGCAGCACCUGGCAUCACUAGAGGGAAAAAAGGUGAAGGACUCAACGGCAGCCAGCAGGGCCAGCACACUGUCCAAUGCAGUGUCCUCUCUGGCAAACACAGGCAUAUCUUUCACCAAAGUCGAUGAGAGGGAAAAACAGGCAGCCCUAGAGGAGGAACAAGCUCGUUUAAAAAGCCUUAAGGAGCAGCGUCUAAAGGAACUCUCCAAAAGGCCUUCCACAUCCUCAACAACAGCUGCCUCUCCAGUAUCCACAGCAUCUGGAAGCAUCAGCACCGCUCCAGCAAUCGACCUGUUCUCCACACCCAGCUCCACCAACAGUGCUUCAAAGGUGCCAAAUGAUCUCCUGGAUCUCCAGCAAGCAUUCCAAUCAUCUCUGUCUCUCCCCACUGCUCUGCCUGUAGCUAACACAUGGGGAGAUCCUUUCACCUCUUCAGAGAGUGUCGAUGACUCCAUUCCAAACUUAAAUCCUUUCCUAUCCAAAUCUAUCGAUGCUGUUCCUCCACCUCCUCUGUCUUCAGAUGCUGUUAGUUUUCCUUCUAGGACUCCCAGUCAUGAAAUGUUUAGUGAUCAUUACAAUCCCUUUCUUGAUUCAAGCUCUUCUGUUGCCUCCACUCUUGAGCCCUGUGCUCGCUUAGAGGGCUUUCUCUCAGACUCGUUCUGUUCAUCUGCCCCCUACUCUAACACAUCACUGUUCCACGCCGAACCUUCCGCUGUAGCUGGACUAUUUGGAGGGUUUUCAGCGUCUCCCAUCCCUCAGCCAGCCAACUCUUCCGGCCUUAACGUUGACUUUGACUCAGUGUUUGGCAAUAAAUCCACUGCUAACAGCACAGACUCUGCUGAUGAUGUUUUAGGUGAUAUCCUGAAACCCACAGUAGCUUCUCCAAGCCAGGGCAUGCCACCCAGUGUACUACAAUCUGGAAAACUGGUGUCUGAUGACCUGGACUCCUCUCUGGCUAAUCUUGUGGGCAAUCUGGGUAUUGGAAAUGGCACAACAAAAAAUGAGAUCCACUGGAGUCAGCCUGGUGAGAAGAAGCUAACUGGUGGAACUAACUGGCAACCAAAGAAUGCUCCAACCACAACAUGGAACCCUGCCAGUAUGAAUGGCAUGCAUUUCCCACAAUACGCUCCGUCCGUCAUGUCUUUCCCUGCCACGACACCCACAGGCAUUAUGGGAUACACAAUGCCAGCACAGAUGGCUCCAGUGGCCAUGAUGACGCAGCCUACCAUGAUGUACACGCAGCCUGUGAUGAGGCCAGCUAACCCUUUUGGCUCAAUGUCAGGAGCACAGCCCCCGGCUGCCUCUAGUCCCUCAAGUCAGAGUCCUCUCAGACCUCCAGGACAGGACCCCUUUGCACAGCUUUCUCUCAAGGAAUUCCUUUAGAGACACUUUUAGGUACAGCACGCUUGGGCCAUGUGUGUAUGUAGAGCUGCAUGUUAAUAGCACUGGGUCUGCUUCUAAAAACAAUCACCUUUCAAUCAUGUCCACACCCUGUAUACUUUACAAUUAAUUUUCAUAGAAAUAUUGUAAGCUUCAUUACGCUCUGAGUUUUAAAACAUUCAUUUCUGAAUAUCUCAGACUUUUUGAUGUUUUGUUACUGCUAAUUUCAUUGUGUUGUGCUUCGUUACACCACGUGAUUUCAUUACAGUAGCUACGGUAUUGCCUACAUUGAUGCAAACACUUUUUUUUUUUAUUUUUGUUUUCAGUUCAGCUCAUGACAAUGGUGUUUGGUGGUCAGUAAGAUUAUGUACUAAUCUUAUUGCCAUUAUUUAUUUUAAUAUUAUUAUUUUUUUUUUUAUUAUUAUUAGCAUAAGUUUACACCAUCAUUAUGACUUGACAAUACAGAUGAACCUUCUUGUAUACAAUUUUCCAGUUUUUCAGUGUGUUCUAUACAAUGCCAUGUGCAAGUAUUCACCCCAUUUUGUAGUGUUACAAGCUGGAAUGAAAAUGAAUUUAUUUAUUUUUUGUUUCCCACUUUGUCUAAAAUUUUAAGGUGUUUUUUAUUGUGACUCACUCAAUUAAAAAAAACACUUUGUUUUUGGUCAGGGUCACUUUUAAAGACAAUAGUGCAUUGCAUACAUACUGUACAUUCUCACAGUCACAACACACAUUGACACUUAGAUACAGUUUAUCUUAUCCAUCCCUUUAUAUAUUGCCUGCUUUUUGGAAGCUGAGGCAACCAGAUAGUAUAGACAGCAACAGAUAGCUCAAGUCAGGUAACUGACUGGAUCAAACCUGGGACCCUGCAGCUUUUUGGCUGAUGCACACUGCUCAAGCUCUGUAACACUGAAUUGGAAACAAUUGACAAACAGCAAUUUUCAAGUUAUUCAGUUCUAAAUUUUAUGCCUCUCCAACACACAAACAUUGUGAUCUUCCAAUCUCAUUAAUUUUGCAUACUGGAACAGAUUUCAGCUACGAUUGCCCUCAAAUUCCUUAUGAUACCAAGGUCAUGCUUCUGUGUUUGGGUGGUGUUCUCAGGCUGAUGAACAGUGGUGUUAGGUUUCUACCAAUCAUAAUGUUGUGAACCAAGGCCAAAAAGUUAAAUUGUAGUCUUUUGUCAGUUUUGUGUAGAUUCAUGACUUUGUGUAAUCACAGUUAAGUCCAUUUCAUAUCCAGGAUUGAUUACUAAAACAUGUGUGAGGGUGGGUACUUGAACAAGGCAUUGUGAAUGUGGCGCUCCUCUCAGAUUUGGCCAGCCGUGAGCUGGAAGUAAAUUAACAUGGGU